AUCAUGGAUUUUUUUGGAAAUGUGGAUACCCCAGGUGGUCUGUUUGCUCAGUUGGCACAGGGCUUUGGGGGGCCACUGGGUCCUCGAGGCGUUCGCCCGCCUCCGAGGGCCUUCGAUGAAUACUUAAAGGCGCACAGUCUUGCCAUGCUUCCUGGCCGGGAGCGUGAAAAUGUCUCUUACGGGGGAAAGAUUAUUAUGCCACCAUCUGCACUAGCAAACAUCACAAGGUUGGAUCUCGAGUCCCCUUGGAUGUUUCAACUGCGCAACCCGUCAAACCCGGCAGCAUCCACUCACGCUGGCGUCCUAGAGUUUAUUGCGGAUGAGGGCGUUGUCCAUCUCCCUUACUGGAUGAUGAAAACUUUGCGGCUCGACGAGGGGGACCCCAUUAGAAUAACUGGCGCAGAACUUCCCAAAGGCAAGUUCGUCAAACUCCAAGCACAGACCGUCCAUUUUCUCGAGAUCUCCGAUCCAAAGGCCGUGUUGGAACAAGCUCUUCGUAACUUUACUGCACUCACCCAAGGAGACAUUAUUGAAAUAUACUACAACUCCAUGGUUUUCGGCUUCCUAGUCAUGGAAACGGUCCCAAAUGGGGGUGGCAUAUGUGUCCUCGACACAGAUCUUGAAGUGGAUUUUGCUCCCCCUGUCGGAUAUGUUGAACCCGAGCGCCCCAAGGCUCCUCCACCGUCGACGAUGGCGUCGAAGCUUAACAUUGAUCUCAACUCAUCUUCUCCUGGUUCGUCUAGGCCAUCCUCUUCCCUCGCAGGAGGGUUUGUGUCUGGGGGCACCGCUGCUGUGAGCAAAGGAGGCGACCAUUGGGAAAGCUUCAAAGGUAAAGGAGAGACCUUAUCAGGCAGGAAGACCAAAGGCAAAGGUAUCAGCCAUCGUGCUGUCGAGGAAGUCGCCGACGGAAGCAAGAUCAUGCGCACCGACCGACGGACAGUCGUCACUAGCGACUCGCUGGAAUCCGACGCCAAGGUCCCAGCUGCUUUGAACCUUCCGUUCGGAAAGCUUUUCUUUGGUUUUAGGGUUGUACCAUAUACACCUCCAGUUUCUGAUGCUCAGCCUCCUGCUGGGUCGCCAAGUCCACCCGUUACGUUCUCCGGUCCUGGGAACAAGCUCAGCGGGAGAGCUGUUGAACCAAGCUCCACACCCAAAGGAAAGGAAAGAGCGAAAUCGCCAUCGCAAUCUAGCCCCAGCUCAAACUCCUGGGGUGGUGGGCAGACGCUCGGAUCCCGCUCACCACUCCUCCAUGUUCCAUCGGGCUUCCGGAGUCGAGAACUUGGCGGUGGAGGUCUAUCAGUAUCCCGUCGUCCCAAUCAACCAAGGCGACGGAGCCCGACUCCUGAUUGGGGCGUGGAUGACGAUGACAUUAUCGAGAUAGAUAGUGAUUGAAGUAGUUGACCGUGUAAAGCUAGGAAUGUAUUCAUACGAGA